UUAGACACACCCAUUGGUUUAAGUACCAUAGUACAUACAGAGGGAAAUGGCGGAUAGUUCUGGAAUGAGACUUAUCCUUUUAGGUCCUCCUGGAGCCGGUAAGGGAACUCAGGCGCCAAAACUAGUAGAGAAGUUUGGCAUCUGUCACUUAUCAACAGGGGAUAUGCUAAGAGCUACUGUUGCUUCUGGAUCAGAGCUUGGGAAGAAAGUUAAAGGUGUCAUGGAUGCUGGAAAGCUGGUUGACGAUGGACUUAUAUGUGAGAUGGUAGAUCAGAAACUAAAGCAGCCUGAAUGCAAGAAUGGCUUUCUUCUUGAUGGCUUCCCUAGGACCAUUGAACAAGCAAAGAUGCUCACUGACCUGCUUAAGAAAAAUGGCAUACAAUUGAAUGCUGUUGUUGAGUUUUGUGUCACAGACGAUCAAAUACUCAUUGACCGUAUAACAGGAAGACUCCUUCAUGUUCCAAGUGGCCGUACGUAUCAUAAAGUUAACGCUCCACCCAAAGUCCCGAUGAAAGAUGAUGUCACUGGUGAAGAUCUCAUUCAUCGAUCGGAUGAUAACGAAGAAACUCUGAAGAAGAGACUCGAGUCUUAUCACACUCAGACGAAGCCUCUAGUUGAGUACUACAAAGAACAGGGUCUCCAUCGCUGUAUAGAUGCUAACCAAAUCAAUGAUAAAGUGUGGCAGGACUUACUGAAUGCCAUCUCCACAAAAUAGAAUAAUAAUAAUAAUAAAUAAUAGAUCAACAUUAGUUAUUGAGAGGUUGUGACUCACUGGUUGAGAAAGUAUAGGAUUAUCUUAUUUUUAGGCAUAUUUUAUUAUCCAAUUAUUAUUACUAUCAUUA